AUGGCUCACGAGACGGCGCAACAUGUCCCGGGCGUGGGAGGCUACUCGCGCUUUGAGCUCGAGCUCGAGUUUGUCCAGUGCCUUGCCAAUCCCGUCUAUCUCAACUACCUGGCCCAGCAAAAGACGCUCGACAAGCCCGAAUUUGUCGCAUACCUCGGCUACCUGCAGUACUUCAAAGACCCAAAGUACACCAGAUUCUUGCAUCACCCCGGCCCCACGCUGCGUGCACUGGAAUUGCUGCAGCAGGAGCGCUUCCGCCAGGACAUUCUAGCCCCAGGCCUCAUGGACAGGCUCGUCAUCGAGGGCCAGCGGAACGCCGUGCCCCCAGCGAAGAAAGAGUGA